AUGGUCCGUGAUCUAGAAAAGACGAAGAGGGAAUAUGAGGGACAACAGAGUCAGCCUGCUAGGAGUGGGGGAUCAUCUGGGUCUCGUGGUGAACUUAGCACUAGGAAGACCCCUUACACUAGACCAUCCCUUUCUUUUGGGUCUAGGGGUUCAUCCUCUCAGCCAUCAGUGCAGAUAAGACCAGUCAGGUCAUAUGGCACCGUUAGAUGUUUUGGUUGUGGAGGACCUCAUUACCAGAACAACUGCCCUCUGGCAGCUGGCACAAGGAAGUGCUUCAAGUGCGGAAAAGAGGGACACAUUGCUGCUGAGUGUACCUCUACAGCAGGAUCAGGGCCUCAAGCGCAUAGGACUCGUUUGCCUCCACCCAGGGGAGGUGGUAGACCUCAGGCAGUGGGCAGAGUAUACGCCAUGACAGGAUCAGAGGCAGUCAGCUCAGGUAACCUCAUCAUCGGUGGCUGUUUGCUUCUUGGUGUGCCUUGUGUGGUGCUAUUUGAUUCGGGGGCAACACACUCCUUCAUACCGGAGGCAUGUGUUGAGAAAUUGGGUAUGUCUGUAGAAGAGUUAGAGGUUGAUCUGGUGGUGUCUACACCAGCAUCAGGGUUAGUCAGUACGUCUUCUAUGUGUGUCCGUUGUCCGAUCGUCGUAAAGGGACGUCGGUUCAAGGUAAACCUCAUUUAUUUACCUUUGAAGGGGUUAGAGGUGAUCUUGGAAAUGGAUUGGCUAUCUGCCAAUCACAUGAACUAA